AUGAAGGACGGGACUUUGAUGCCGGUUUUGAUUUGCAAGAUUCACUGUCCAUUCAUCUGCUUCUGCAAACCCUCUGCUGCUCAUCUUUACACUUCAGCUCCACUGAAAUUGGAGGGCUCUCCACAUGUGGUUCAUUCGGCUUUUGCUGUUGACAAGUCGCCUUCUGUGGUUGAAGAAGGGUCGGUGAAUGGCAAUAAAAAUUCUGAGACUGUGCUCAAGAGCUGCAUUCGGGAGCCCCAAGGCAAAGAGGCCGGGAAGAAGAGAGUAGAGUGGAAGGACAAUACAGGGAAACAACUCGCUGAGAUCAAGGAGUUCGAAUCCAGGGGGUUAUUUGUUUCUGGUGAAGAGUGCUUUUUUGGUCUAAUGCUAAAUUAUUGCCUUAGCGAAACAGGAGAUACUCUCAAUGAAGAGGAUGGCAGCCGCUGUCAUUGUGCUAUUCUCUGA